UUGUGUCUUUACGAAAAGCACGCCGAUCAUGAUUGCAUCACCUACGAUUCCACUAUCCCAUGUUUCUGUUUCCGUUGACGUCAUAAAGCGUGUCUCUCAUACACGAGACAUUGCUUAGAACUCUGUAAAAAUUGAGAAUUGUAUCAAUCAGUGUGUUUCGGGCGGCGGUCGAGUGCGCGCGUAAAAUUCAAACAUGGCGAAUUCGUGUUUGGCCGUAUUUGAUUUCGAUCGUACUAUUGUUGACGAUGAUUCGGACGCGACUAUAAUAAAUAGAUUGAGGGAAAAGAAGCCGCCGCCUGAGUGGGAAGCUGGGAACCACGAUUGGACUCCAUACAUGAGUGAUGUAUUUGAACACGCAUAUUCAGCUGGACUUAGUCAAGAGGACAUCCUGGACAGCAUAGCAUCCAUGCGGCCGAAUCCAGGAGUUGAAAAGCUGAUCUCCACAUUAGCAGCGGAAGGAUGGGACAUAGUACUCAUCACUGAUGCCAACACAGUCUUUGUACAGCAUUGGUUGAAGGCCCACGCAUUAUUGAGCAACAUCACAAAGAUUAUAACAAAUCGAGCGUUCUGGCAAGGCGACCGUCUCUUUAUUGAGCCUUGUAUGCGACAGUCAACUUGUCCACGGUGUCCGAGUAAUCUAUGCAAGUCUCGCGCCCUGGCGGAGUGUUGCGCCAACCGCUCGUAUGACAGAAUCGUGUACUGCGGCGAUGGCAGAAACGAUUUCUGCCCUGCCACGUUUCUACCUGCUAACGCAAUAGUGUUUCCACGUCGUGGGUAUCCCCUAGAUGACCUGAUCAAGAAGACCAUGGCGUCUCCAACUCCCCAAGUUAAGGCGAGGAUCGUACCCUGGUCGGAUUGCUACUCCAUCAUCCAGACAAUUUUCCCUGGAAAGUUUGUGGAGACCAACACAGUUACAACGCAACAUAUGUGAUAUUAUUUUUAAGUAUUUAUAAUUACUAUUAUUAUAAUUUUGUGUCCAUAACUUAAUUAUGAACUAUGGUUGUUUUUCAAUAUAUUACAAUGUACUUAGAUGUUUAA